AUGGUGCUGAUGAGGGAACCUGUUCACCGCAUCGUCGACGGUCGUCCCGCGAGGGCGGGCCAGUUUCCACACCAAGCUCUCGUCCUCGGCGACGGCGUCAACGUAUGCGGCGGCUCGCUCAUCAGACGAACUGCAGUCCUCACCGCCGCCAGUUGCACCGUCCCGUACAGCAAGUUCACCAUACGCUUGGGAACCGUCCAUCGGACGGAGGAAUGCGGAAGUGAGUGGGCAGUGGAAUCCGUCUGGGCCAUUGCGCACCCGGACUACAAUAAAAAGUUCUGCCUCUACCUCGACGUGGCUAUUGUAUUCCUGCCCGAGCCAGCUCCACUGAGCAAGUUCAUCAACGUGGUGGCGUUACCUUCUCCUCGGGACAUCAACAAAACCUUCGUGGGAUCAACUGCUCAGAUCAGCGGCUGGGGGCGGACAGCUGACGCAUCAGCCUGUUCAGAGGUACUUCAAUGGGCUCUUGUGACGGUUAUUCCCAAUUCAAUAUGCAAGCAGUUCUACAGAAGAGAUUUUAUUGUUGACAGUAUGUUGUGUGCCGGAAACAAGUACUCUGGUGCGUGCUCUGGCGACGGUGGCAGCGCCCUGGUCGUGAAGACUAAGAAAGGUUACAAGCAGAUCGGCGUGGCCAGCUUUGUCUCUGUGAAGGGCUGCGAAGAGACUGGUCAGCCGGCCGGCUACACCAGAGUCACCUCCGUCCUCGACUGGAUCAAGAAAACCGCCGGAUUUUAAUGAGCAACUAUGUGCAGCGAAUUUAAAACUUCCGAUUCUGUUUGUUACAAGUAUGAUGGAUCUUAAACAAAAUUUUAAUAAAUCAGGCCCAUGACAUGUAAUAACUGACAAAA